UUUAAAUACGAAUUAAUAACGAAUUGCGAAAUUAACGAACGAAACCGCCCAAACCUAAUACAAUUCCAUCCAUCUGUUCACUCACUCAUCACGAGCCCACCCCUCCUGUGCUGUUCUCUGUGCUCUCUCUGUCCUCAGGUUGGGACAACAACAACAACGACGCCAUGUCUCGGGUGCCAGAGGAGCCCGAGUGCCAGAUCUGCUACGACCGCUUUGACCUCCGCUCCCGCCGGCCAAAGCGCCUGCUGUGCGGCCACUGCGCCUGUGCCCGGUGCCUGCGGAGGAUGGUGGAGCCGGCGGAGUCGGAGAAUGCGCUGGAGGCAUUGGGGUCCCCGGCCUUGCUGAGCUGCCCCUUCUGCCGCCAGGAGACCCCCGUCCCGCAGAGGGAGGUGGGCCGGCUGCCGGACGACGCCACCGUGCUGCCUCUCUUGACCGGCCCACGCUCGGGCCCGGAGGUGCUGCUGUGCCCGGGAGGUGCCCUGGAGACCCUCCCCGGGGGUCCCCUCGGCAGCCCCUCCUCUUCGCCCUCCUCCUCCUCGGACUGCCUGGUGGUGACGCUGCUGGAGCUGCCCCUGGAGGGGCCGGAGGGGUCCCUGGGGCUGCUGGAGGUCAUGCGCCUGCACCGCCCGCCCAGCCUGGGCUCCCUGCCUUGCUCCCUGCCGCUGGUGGGCAAGUGCCAGCCCUGCCUGGGGGGGGGCUCCUCCUCCUCCUCCUGGGGCCCCCAGGACCUGCCCCGCUUCAUGCUGGGCGCGCUCUGCCUGGCCUACCUCAGCUCCCUGCCCUUCGGCAUCUACCUCCUCCUGGAGGGGCACCUCAACCUGGGCAUCGUCCUGGUCAGCCUGGUCCCCUCCACGCUCAUCCUCUGCCUCUGCUACAGCCUCGGACAGUGCCUCUGCCAGGAGGCCUUCCUCGCGGGGCCCUCCUCCGCCUCCUCCUGAGGGCCCUUAGGGAGGACCCUGCAUCCCCCAGACCCACUUUGCCCCCCACACCCUCCAUGGACCCUCCAAGGGGCAGUGGCCGCAGAUGGGGACCUUGAAGUCAUGCCACACACCUGACACCAACACAUCAGGGUCCUUGGGCAGUGGAAUCUGCUGCUUCUUGGGAGUCCAUUGAAGGUUAUAAAGCAGAGGCUGGAUGGGCAUCUGUCGAGAGGGAUUGCAUGGUACUUUCCUACCUAACUUGGACUGGAUGGCCUUUGGGGUCCCUUCUGAAUCAUUCUAUGAUUCUAGGAUCUCAGAGGCUGGAAAGCCAUCUAUUGGGAGGGAUUGGGUGGUGUUGGCAGAAAGAGAGAAGGAGGUUGGACUGGAUGGCCUUUGGGGUCCCUUCUGACUCAAUCUGUGAUUCUAGGAUCUGUGAUUCUAGGAAGGUCAUCUGUCAGGAGGGAUUGCCUGGUGUUUUCCUGCCUGGCUUGGACUGGACAGCCUUUGGAGUCCCUUCUGACUCAUUCUAGGGUUCUAAGGUCUCAGAGGCUGGAAGGUCAUCUGUUGGGAGGGAUUGGAUGGUGCUGGCAGAAAGAGAGAAGGGGCAUGGACUGGACGGUCUUUGGGGUCCCUUCUGACUCAUUCUACAAUUCUAGGAAUUCAGGGGCUGGUAGGCCAUCUAUCGGGAGGGGUUGCCUGGUGCUUUCCUGCCAGGCUUGGACUGGACGGCCUUUGGAGUCCCUUCUGACUCAUUCUAGGGUUCUCAGAGGCUGGAAGGUCAUCUGUUGGGAGGGAUUGGAUGGCACUGGCAGAAAGAGAGAAGGGGCUUGGACUGGAUGGCCUUUGGGGAACCUUCUGACUCAUUCUAGGGUUCUAGGAUUUCAGAGGCUGGAAGGUCAUCUGUUGGGAGGGAUUGUAUGAUGUUUUCCUGCCUGAAAGAAAGAGAGAAGGGGCUUGGACAGGACGGCCAUCCUUCUGACUCAGUCUAGGAUUUCAUAUGAGGACCCAGACCCACUUUGCCCCCCCCAUCC